AUGACCUCCACAACCAAUUCGACCACCUGGCAAGACCUCGUGGCCGCCAAACAACAAGAAUGCAAGCAAAAGAUUCCUCAUGAGUGGCAGCUAAGCGCAGAGCAGCUAGCCCUAGCACAGAAGACCCCGCGUCUACUAGAGGCCGACAUACCCCGUCGCAGCGGGAUACUAUCCGAUCUCGAGCUAGAUAUCACGGAGAAUUACACUGCAAGUCAAUUGCUUGACAAAUUGGCUUCUGGCCAGAUUAGCUCGUUGGCAAUCACGACGGCGUUUUGUAAGAGAGCUGUUAUUGCGCAGCAGCUUACAUCCUGUCUCACAGAGACAUUCUUCCCACAAGCACUAGAACGCGCCAAAUAUCUGGAUGAAUACCUUCAGCAAGAGGGGACACCCAUUGGGCCCCUACACGGUCUCCCGAUCAGUCUCAAAGACACUUUCUGCGUCGAAGGAGUACAGACAACAGUAGGAUACACCUCAUUUCUCGCCAACGAACCCGCAAAGACAAACUCGGCGCUUGUGGAGAUGCUGCUGCAGCUCGGCGCGGUGUUAUAUGUCAAGACCAACAUCCCGCAGACAUUAAUGUAUACCACGCAGACCGCAGAUUCAGAAAACAACAUCUUCGGCCGCACCCUCAACCCGCACAACACAGCCCUAACAGCCGGCGGUUCCAGCGGCGGCGAAGGCGCCCUCCUCUCCUUCCGCGGCUCAAUCCUGGGCAUCGGCACGGACAUCGCGGGCUCAAUCCGCAUCCCAGCACUCUGCUGCGGCGUCUACGGCUUCAAGCCCACAACCCAGCGCAUUCCGUACAGCGGGCAGGUCAACGGCAACGUCCAGGGCAUGCCAGGUAUAGCUCCCGUCGCCGGACCACUGGGACACAGCAUUGCGGAUCUGUCUCUGCUGAUGAGCUCCGUUGUCGGCAAUGGCCAGGCAUGGGAAUACGAUGCAGCCGUUCUCCCGGUGCCGUGGCAGACGGUCCCGACCAAUGGUACCGGGAUGUUAACGAUUGGUGUUAUGGCUGAUGAUGAGCAUUUCCCGCUGCAUCCGCCUGUUAAGCGGGCGUUGGAUCGGGCUAUUGCCGCGUUGACGAAGGCUGGUCAUCGGGUUGUGAGGAUUGGGGGUCGAGCUGAAGAGCUUAGUUUGGCUUAUGUGUCGCGGCUUGCGUUUCAGUAUUUUGUCUAUGGUCCGCGGAAUGAUCAUAUUAGCCCUAGUGGUGAGCCGGCGGUUGCGUCGGUUGUUAGGGGUGCUUCGCCGAUGUUUUCUGGGUCUUUCCCUGUUGAGCAGGGGCUUGAGCCGUUUGAGAUGAUUCAGAGGCUGCAUAUGGCGAGACGAAGAGUUGAUGAGGCCUGGAGGGAGAUGUGGGUUGGUUCGAAGCUUGAUGUGGUUUUGGGUCCUGGGGCUCAGAAUACGGCUGUUGCUCUUGAUACGUAUGGGUGGCCUCCUUAUACGGUUCUUUGGAAUUUGUUGGAUUAUCCUGCGUGCGUUAUUCCAUUUGGGAAGGCCGACAAGGAGCUUGAUCCAGAACCUGUCGCUGCAGGCAAUGAUAUGCAGCCGAGCUAUAUUCCCGAGCAGGUCGACGGCGCCCCAUGUGCCAUCCAGGUUGUCACGCCGCGCUUCCAGGAUGAGAAGUGUCUGUGGGCGGCGGACAUCAUUGACAAGGUAUUGGCUACUUACGGCAAGGAAUAA